UUGCUUCCUUCACGCACAUGAGACAAACCAACGUGGCUUUUGCUUUUGACAAGAAGUUUUUGCAGCUAUUCAAUAAAUGUACAUGUUUAUUUAAGAAAUACUUUUUAUACAAACAACGCCAUCAACGAAACGAGCCGUUUGACAAGUAACAUAGCUUCUGCCUUGAGACAAACUGGUGAGUUGUUGAAUUAGCCGAGUUAGCCGCGUUGAUAGAGAAGCAGUGACAUUGGCAGAGUCGUUUUCUCGUCUUCAGCAGUGGUUUACAUUCGUAUGUGUGUUUCUUAAAGUCCUCCUGGAAACAUGUUUAAUGAGGAUGAAGACUGGAGCGACGAACAAGACGCUCAGGUCCUGAGCAAACCUGUCCCAAGAAACACCCAGAAGACGAACGGCAGAACAAAUGUCAAGUCCAAGGUGGUUGGAAAGAAGAGCCUGCUGCGGACCCUGCAGACCCUGGGGUCAGUACCGGAGUGGAAGAAUGACGACCAUCAACAGGACAGUGACAGUGAGGCAGACGUGGUCCCAGCAAAAAGCAAGAGAAAGAAGAAAAGGAGUAAGAGGCGAAAGCAAGCAGAGACAACAGGAGAACAGCAAGAGAAUGGAGACUUGGAUCAGACUGUUAAUGAGGAGGAACUUGCAACAAAAAAGAGGAAGAAAGACAACAAAUUUGUGGCCCUGAAGCUAAAAACCACACCUUUGGGCAAAACACCAGAUACCCAAAUUAUCAAAUCGCAGCCAGAGAACACGGAGCUACUGAACAGACAACAGUGGAAAAACAAAAUGAAGAACAAGAGGAAAUGUAAAAAUAAAUUCAGUCAGAAUAAACCUGAGAAGGAAAUCAAUAAAGCAGAAUCUGCAGAGCAGCUUGAGCCAAAGGAGGAAGUCAAAAUAGAUUCAUAUAGCAACAACAACAACAGUCAGACACCAGCCAAGAAAAAAGAAAAGCAACGUAAACCACAGAAAAUGAAAAAGACAGAAGAGGACACAGACAUAUCUGGUGCAACAAACGCACAGAUGCUCAGAGAUGAAAAGCAGCAAAUUGGUGGCAAAGUUGAAAAAGGUGCAACUGAAUCUUCUGCUGAUGGACCAAAACAAAAAGCGCAUGGACCUAAAGUGGAGAUCUCAGGGGAGCCGCACCAGUCACCCAUUAAAAGACUGAAACCUGAACUGAGCAAAGAACAGCUUUUCAAAAGAGAGAAGCUAAGGAAAUUGCUCAACAGACAGGAACCAGUCCAACAGGAGAGUCCCGCAGAGACAAAAGACGAGCCUGCGGUCCCAGAAGAAGAGGUGAAACCGGACCGCUCUGCCUCCCUGAGGUCCCGCAUGGAGCAGCGACUGGAAUCGGCUCGUUUCCGAUACAUCAAUGAAGUUUUGUACAGCACGUCCAGCGGCGAGGCAAAGCGUAUGUUCAACCAGGACCCACAGUCCUUCGGGAUCUACCACAGAGGAUACACGGCGCAGGUUCAGAGAUGGCCCGCCAAUCCAGUGGACGCCAUCAUCUCUUACAUCCGACAUAAACCUCCCUCUAUGGUGGUUGCAGACUUUGGUUGUGGUGACUGUAAGAUAGCGCGCAGCGUGAAGAACAAAGUGCACAGCUUCGACUUGGCAGCUGCCUGCGAACUUGUCACAGUCUGCGACAUGGCCGACGUCCCGCUCCGUGACGGCUCUGUGGACAUCGCUGUGUUCUGCCUUUCUCUCAUGGGAACCAACCUGGCAGAUUUUCUAGUCGAGGCCAACCGUGUGUUAAAGAAGGGGGGUGUCCUGAAGAUAGCAGAGGUGGCGAGCAGGUUCGAGAACGUGCGGAACUUUAUCGCUGCACUGGCAAGUCUGGGUUUCAAGAUUGUGUCCAAGGACACAGAGAGCACUCAUUUCUACUCCUUUGAAUUAAUGAAGACGGGAGAUGCUCCAGAAAAUAUAAAGAAAUUUGGACUCGAGUUGAGGCCCUGUGUCUACAAGAAAAGAUGAAUGAAUGUGGGAGGACUUUAUGCAAACAAUGGUUUUGUUAUACAGGGAUACUGUCGUUUCAGAAGCAGAAAGUUUGUUCAGCUUGGUUCUAAUGUUUUUCAAAGCAGCAGUUGUACAUUUGUAUCUAAAUGUAUCGUAUUUGAUUGCUACAUUUUGAAGCCUCUGUAACUCACAGAUUUGAACAGAGCUGAGUUAUCUACAUUAAUUGUACAUGGUUUUUCAUGUAAUACAUCAAUAUAGAUAUGUGCUGAUCAGUAAAAUAACCCUGAGUGUUCUUUUGUUGGAAUGAAAACCUACAUCAAUACACCAUAUUGUAUACAGGCCACCAUUUUAGUAAUUUUUUACAAGAAAACACUUUAAAGUUAAGCUUGUCCCGUUGAAAAAUACUGACAAUUCUGGAAAGGGAAAAAUUAAAUAUA